GUUAAGCCCCCUCUCGCCAUUUACAGGCAAGUUGUUUUUUAAUUACGUAUUUCCAUUAUUCUAUCAAUUCGUCCGAGAGGCAUGGCAUUUGUCAAUUAUGUCAGUGAGGAGUCGCCCGACAUGUACGAGAGUUUGUUUAGAAGUCCACUGAAACGCGUGUUCGUCUAUGGUACUUUGAAGUCUGGGCAACCGAAUCAUGAGCUCCUUAUCAGUAGCUCAAAUGGUUAUGCAAAAUUUAUCGGUAUUGGCAAAACACUAAAUAAAUAUCCGCUGGUGAUUGCUUCUAAGUACAACAUUCCCUUCUUAUUAAAGCAACCAGGGGUGGGACAUCAAGUUCUUGGAGAAGUUUACGAUGUAGAUUCGAAAAUGAUGGACAAACUAGACGAACUUGAAGAACAUCCGCGCUUCUAUUUGAGAACUGAAGAAGAUAUCAUAAUGGCUAAGGAUAGCAAAGACGUCAACGUUGAAAAGAUAGGCUGUGUUACCAAAGCAUGGACAUAUUUCCUUCCUAAAUUCCAAUCUUAUCUCUUGGAGUUACCAAUGUACUCAUCAUACGCCAGCGAUGGACUUCAUGGCCGUAAAUAUGGAGAAAGUAAAGAUGCUACAGCCACCCCAGAAGAAGUCAUGUGAUGUUAUUAUUAAAACGAAGAAUUCUCGUCACCUGGGCACAUUGUCAAUAAUUAUGUAAUUAUUACCGAACGUCGGUGGCCGUGUAAUUAAAGCGCCGGGUUGGCAUAUGGAUAACUAGGGUUUGCUUCCCGAUCGUGGGGAUGCCAAAAAGCAUCUUUAUCGCUCUAAUUUACACGGUUUUAUCGUCAGAGCGGUAGUCUCAAAAGUUUUCUCUUCGGUUCUCGACGUAUCUGCUGCACAGGUUAGAUUGAGGAGAAGAACAAAACAAAACAACCCAAAAAGGUAUAUAUCUAAAAUAGACAAUAGUUAUGUAAUUAUUUCAAAUUGUGUAUUGAAAAGCUACAUUAAUAAAGAUAAAGUUUUGCCUGCUGAA